UUAUGAAUUUCGUGUUUGUCCCCUGGACUCUUGGAAGAGGUAUGCGCCACCCUCGUCCAGGAUGAGAGCUUGAGUCUGUAGAUACAGUAAGUCUGUAACCACAGUCUCGGAGCCCCACACGCCGGCACAUCCCCUCCAGAAAACUCAGUUUUACAGCAGCCGUCAAUGUCAGCACCUGAGGAUCGAAUAUUAUAUGAAGUUCUGAUCUAUAUUUUAUGUAUCCACUGGACCGCUAGAAAGUAUGGUGUCCUCCCGACAAGGCCCCUCGAAGAAAUCCGCGAAGGCCCCUCACGGUCGCGCGAGCAGCAAAAGUGAUCAAAAAAAACCUCCGCGGAGUAGUGCUUGUACUCAGGGCAAGCAACGGCCGCAAGAUCAUUUGUUGGUCGAAAACUGGCUCGAUAGCUCCGCUACCAUUCCAUUGACUCUACAGCAGCUGCUGCUAAAUGUUUUCAAAUCUGCCCUACUCACUUACAGAGUACCCAGUUGUCGAGCCGGUGAAAGCGACGUGGCUGGUGGGACUAGUGCGGCAGCUCAUGCUCCCGAGUCAACCGAGCAGCCUCAGUUGGACAUCAAAGGCCUCAUUCAAACCAUAAAGUCUCACCUCUACAACCGGGACUUCAACUCGGCCUUUACGGAUGCCGAUGAGGAUCUGCUGCGGGCGUACGCCUUGCGAUGGAGCUCCUCGCGAGCGUUGGGCUACGCAGGGAUCUUCAGGGCCUUGUGGGCAAUCCUGCUGAAGCCGAAUUCCCAGGCUAUGGCUUCAGCCAACGAUGGCGUAGACAGCCAUGUGGUAUGUAUCGGUGGUGGCGCAGGAGCUGAGAUUGUUGCCCUUGCGGCUGCCUGGAGAGACUGGACUGAUGCCGCUGACGGCAGUAAAGAGCAGCCAGCCGAUGAAGAGCAGGCGACCCUCUCCGCUGCCGUAGGUGGUCUAUCAGUGCAUGACGAGCACGGGACGGAUGCACAGUCGGCUGCUCCCACGGUCGAGAAGCUGUCAACAACUGAUGGACAGUCGGCGUCGGAGCGGCGUCACCCACGGCUGUCCGUCACAGCCAUCGAUAUCGCCGACUGGUCAAGCAUCGUGGGUCGAUUAGUGUCCACAAUCCGGUCGCCCGCAGUCGCAGGAUCCAACUCUCAUCCGGCUCCAUUGUGUGGGGAUGCGGGACUGUUGAGCCCGGACGGGCAGCCAAGUGACAAGGGCCUCGACUUCCAGGUCGGGUUUCAGAGGCUGGAUGUUCUUUCAGCCUCCGAGGACGAGCUGCGGAGGCUGCUACAUCCUCGCGAGCAGAAUCACAACGCCUCCACUGUCUUGGUUACUCUCAUGUUCACGCUUAACGAGCUUUUCUCGACAUCCAUGGCCAAGGCAACGGGCUUUCUGUUGCGCUUGACAGAUCUGUUACAGCCGGGUGCUGUGCUUCUCGUUGUAGACAGUCCGGGGAGUUAUUCCACGCUGAAACUAGGAAAGAGCAGCUCCACAGCGACUGGGGCUUCGGCGAAUCCGUCGGAAAGGCAAUAUCCGAUGAAAUUCCUUCUUGAUCAUGCGUUACUCACAGUUGCAGCCGGUAAAUGGGACCGGCUGUUCUCGCAGGACUCGCGCUGGUGGCGGAGAGAUGCGGCGCGGCUGCGGUAUGGCGUUGGUGAAGGAGCUGGCCUCGAGGAUAUGCGGUUUCAGAUUCAUAUCUACCGCAGGUCAGCGGAUUAAGCUCUGUGCGGCUUCAAAGUACUGCAUUGCAGGCCGCUGACUCAUUUUUGUUCUUGGUUACAUCGUUUGGAUUAUUAUCAUUUUCUGCUCGGUCUGGCACCGUUUCCUAUAAUUGAUACUGAAGGAUUACAAGAUAGUUCAUUGGGACGGACAUGGCCCCACAAGGCGGGCGAAGGAGAGAUAUCAAG